AUAAUAACGAGGGGGCGUCCGGAGGGAGGUGGCAGCGACGGAGGAGGGGGCGUCUUAGAGCAAAGGAGGGAGGGAGCCACCCGUGUGAAGAUACGGCAGCCUCUUGCGCUCCCCCUCCCAUCCAGGCCGGGACCUGGGGGCUCUGGCCGGAUCCAUGGGGGCGGCAAGCUGCGAGGAUGAGGAGCUGGAAUUUAAGCUGGUGUUCGGGGAGGAGAAGGAGGCCCCCCCGCUGGGCACGGGGGGCUCUGGGGAAGAGCUGGACUCAGAGGAUGCCCCACCAUGCUGCCGAUUGUCCCUGGGGGAGCCUCCUCCUUAUGGCGCUACCCCUAUUGGUAUUCCCCGACCUCCACCCCCUCGGCCGGGUAUGCAUUCACCCCCGCCCCGUCCUGCUCCCUCACCUGGCACCUGGGAGAGCCAGCCGGCCCGGUCGGUGAGGCUGGGGGGUCCUGGAGGAGGUGCUGGGGGUCCUGGGGGCGGACGUGUUCUAGAGUGUCCCAGCAUCCGAAUCACAUCCAUCUCUCCCACGCCUGACCCACCGGCCCCGCUAGAGGACGCCCCUGAUGUCUGGGGGGACGGCUCUCCCAGAGAUUACCCCCCACCAGAAGGCUUUGGGGGCUACCGAGAGGCAGGGGCCCAGGGCGGGGGCGCCUUCUUCAGCCCGAGCCCUGGAAGCAGCAGCCUGUCCUCGUGGAGCUUCUUCUCGGAUGCCUCCGACGAGGCAGCCCUGUAUGCAGCCUGCGACGAAGUGGAGUCUGAGCUAAAUGAGGCCGCAUCUCGCUUUGGCCUGGGCUCUCCAUUGCCCUCGCCCCGAGCUUCACCCAGGCCAUGGACCCCGGAGGAUCCCUGGAGCCUCUACGGUCCGAGCCCUGGAGGGCGGGCACCAGAGGAUAGCUGGCUGCUCCUCAGUGCUCCUGGGCCCACCCCAACUUCUCCACGACCUGCCUCGCCCUGUGGCAAGAGGCGCUAUUCCAGCUCCGGAACCCCAUCUUCAGCCUCCCCAGCUCUGUCCCGUCGUGGCAGCCUUGGGGAAGAAGGGCCGGAGCCACCUCCACCACCUCCGUUACCUCUGACCCGGGAUCCCGGCUCCCCAGGCCCUUUUGACUACGUAGGGGCCCCGCCAGUGGAGAGCAUCCCCCAGAAGACGCGACGGACUUCUAAUGAGCAGGCAGUGGCCCUGCCUAGGUCUGAGGAACCUGCCUCGUGCAAUGGGAAACUGCCUUCAGGAACAGAAGAAGCUCCUUCUGGAGGUCUCCGCAAAGAGGUGGCAGGCAUGGACUACCUGGCAGUGCCUUCUCCCCUAGCUUGGUCCAAGGCCCGGGUUGGGGGACACAGCCCCAUCUUCAGGACCUCUGCCCUACCCCCACUGGACUGGCCUCUGCCCAGCCAGUAUGAGCAGCUGGAGCUGAGGAUUGAAGUGCAGCCUAGAGCCCACCACCGAGCCCAUUAUGAGACAGAGGGCAGCCGAGGUGCUGUCAAAGCUGCACCUGGUGGUCACCCUGUGGUCAAGCUCCUGGGCUAUAGUGAGAAGCCACUAACCCUACAGAUGUUCAUUGGUACUGCUGAUGAAAGGAACCUGAGGCCUCACGCCUUCUAUCAGGUGCACCGCAUCACUGGCAAGAUGGUGGCCACUGCCAGCUAUGAAGCUGUAGUCAGUGGUACCAAAGUGUUGGAGAUGACCCUGCUUCCUGAGAAUAACAUGGCUGCCAACAUUGACUGUGCUGGAAUCCUGAAGCUUCGGAAUUCAGACAUUGAGCUGAGGAAGGGUGAGACAGACAUCGGACGCAAAAACACACGUGUGAGGCUCGUGUUCCGAGUACACGUGCCUCAGGGCAGUGGGAAAGUCAUCUCUGUGCAAGCGGCGUCAGUGCCCAUCGAGUGCUCCCAGCGCUCCGCCCAGGAACUGCCCCAAGUGGAGGCAUACAGUCCCAGUGCCUGCUCUGUGAGAGGAGGGGAGGAACUAGUGCUCACUGGCUCCAACUUCCUGCCAGACUCCAAAGUGGUUUUCAUUGAGAGGGGCCCUGAUGGAAAGCUGCAGUGGGAGGAGGAAGCUGUGGUGAACCGACUGCAGAGCAAUGAGGUGACUCUGACUCUGACCAUCCCUGAAUACAACAACAAGCGGGUGUCCCGGCCAGUACAGGUCUACUUUUAUGUCUCCAAUGGGAGAAGGAAGCGCAGUCCUACUCAGAGUUUCAAGUUCUUGCCUGUGAUCUUCAAGGAAGAGCCCCUACCAGACUCAUCUCUCCGGGGCUUCCCCUCCACAUCAGGCCCUCCCUUUGGCACUGAAAUGGACUUCUCGCCACCCAGGCCCCCCUAUUCCUCCUAUCCCCAUGAAGACCCUGCUUAUGAAACUUCUUACCUAUCAGAAGCCUUUGGCUAUAGUACACCCCCUCUGUAUCCCCAGACAGGCCCCCCACCAUCCUACAGAUCAGGCCUUCAGAUGUUCCCUGAGACUGGAGGUGCCACGAGUUGUGCCCGCCCACCCGCCAUCUCCUUCCUUCCUCGCCCUUUCCCUGGAGACCCUUACAGAGGACAGAGCUCCUCCUUUCCCCUGGGCCUUCCAUUCCCACCUCCAGCCCCCUUUCGGCCUCCAUUGCCUUCUUCCCCACCACUUGAAGGUCCCUUCCCUUCCCAGAGCACUGUUCAUCCCCUACCUGCUGAGGGCUACAAUGAGGUAGGGCCAGGCUAUGGCCCUGGGGAGGGGGCUCCGGAGCAGGAGAAAUCCAGGGGUGGCUACGGCAGCGGCUUCCGAGACAGUGUCCCUAUCCAGGGUAUCACACUGGAGGAAGUGAGUGAGAUCAUUGGCCGAGACCUGAGUGGCUUCCCUUCACCUCCUGGAGAAGAGCCUCCUGCCUGAACCACGUCUGACAGCCCCAGCAGCCCACCUCCUUGCCUUCCUAACUGGGAUGCUGGCUUCAGAAGCUUGGGACCAACUCUGGUUUCUCAUUGCCCAGCUUCUGGCUCUACUCCCUCCUCCAGCUGAGGAGGCCCUAAGCCUGGUGCUGUCUGAAGGGGAGGGAAGUAUGGAAGAUAGGGGAUGAUGGUGGAGACCAGGGCUGAGUGCCAGAAAUGACUGGGGAGAUGAUGUCCAGACUGUGCAGACCAUGGUGCUGGAAGGCUGGGAACAGAUUGAUGGGUAAUAAACUGCUCACUGACCAGUG